CAUAUGACGGGUCACGUGGUUAGUAGCAACCGAACACAGUGAAGAGAAAAGAGAUGGCGAUGCUCGGCGGCUUCAGCUCGACACAGCACAAGAAAAACGUCUCUGACGCCAACAGCGACGUGUCCGAGUUUAUCUGUCCAGUUUGUCUCGAGAUAUUCGACAGUCCCGUCACAACACAAUGCGGCCACACAUUCUGCCAGAGCUGUUUGCAGAAAUGUUUGCGUCCACAGAAACCCGCGUGUGCCGUGUGCCGGGCCGCGCUCGGCCAUUGCACUAAAGCCGUGGAGCUCGAGGCCCUUAUCCAAUCAUCUGUGGCAGCGUGCAAGGGGUGCGGAGCUCAGGUUGCCCUUUCUCAGAUGAGACUCCACACAGGUGCUUGCCCAAAAUACCAGGAGUACAUUGAGGAAGGAGUUAGGACCACUGCCCAGAGCCAGCCUGCUAUCAUCAGCCCAGUGCCAAAUCGUUACACUUUUACCUGCCCUUACUGCAACUGCCAGAACCUCGAUCAAGACGGCCUGGUUGAGCACUGCACUUCGCAGCAUGCCCGCGAUGCACGACAAGUGGUAUGCCCCAUCUGCGCCUCCAUGCCGUGGGGGGAUCCAAACUACCGGAGUACCGAUUUCUUCCAACACCUGAAGAUCAGACACACUUUUUCAUAUGAUACCUUUGUUGAUUACUCUACAGAUGAGCACACAAUGAUCCAGGAGGCUUUACAGCGCUCCCUUCUGGACAACUGAAGUGUGUAGAAGAAAAAUCUGGAAGAAGAAAUCGGCACAAGUGAGGAUGGGCAUGCGAUGUCUUAAGAAGGCAGAGCAGCACGCUAUGGUGGGGUCAUGAAAAAGGUGGAUGGUUAUGAGAUUGUAUCCAUGAAUAUAAAGGUUAAUAUGACCGAAAUAAACCGCGCAACACACUUGAAGAGCAUAUUGUCUGGUUUAGGUGUGUUGUUGGUGUCAUCUCAUAUCCUCCUACCCAGUGCAGCCUAUUGAAUAUUUACUAACCAAUAGAGCAAUUCACUAGUUCAUGGCCUCGUGUCAUCAAACCUCUGAUUUGCAAACCAUGUUCCUUGUCAAUGCAAGGUUAGGUAAACCUGGCUUCACUGAAGAGUUAACAUAAUUUAUGGCAAUUUCACACAAGAGUGGUUCAAAGGGUAGGGUGAGGAGAUAUUUUUUUUUUUUCUUUUUUUUUUUUAACAUUGUGUAUUUGGAAUGAAAUAAGAGGGUCCAACUCAGAUGUUUUCUCCUAUCACAGAUGUUUUCUCCCUUUUCUUUGAACAUGUUGGUAGAUCUUUUUCCUCCGUUCUAGAAUUAUAGGGCUAACAAUUCACUCAACCAACUUAAUGCAAGUGUGCCGUCCUGGCAUCCAGCUUCAUUUAUUUUCCAUGAGGCAAAUCUUUGUGCAUGUAUUUUAGCCACUUGAGGGCAGUAGCGUCUUACAGGCCAGUGGACAGUUGAAACUACUACUACCACCGUACUUAUCUGUGCUCUACUGCUGCUCUUCAAAUGAUUUCCCUUGAAGGAGUCCGACUACAACAUAUAUACACGUGCAGUUAUUGGACUAGCAGAAAAACAUCGCUUCAUGUGUGAAAAUCGGCUCGCACUCGAUUAUUGCUGAUUGUUCUGGAAAAUUGAAAAUAAAAGGCCAGUUUUGAGCUUCCCUUAUAAGUGGCGGCAGAUUUUUACAUGAUUAUUUCAGUUUAAUGUCAUCUGAUGUCAAUAAUACCUGUCCAACUUUUAAUGUGUUUUUUCUUCUCUUUGCUAUACACCUGUUUUCCAGUUACUUGUAUUCUAAACAUAUCUAUCAAGAGAUUGUAGUCACUGCACACUGCACAAUAAACCCAGAUGUAGCUGUUGAGCUUUGUGGAUUAAAUGACUUGAAUAGUCA